CCCGCGGUGGCUGAGGGGCCCGCGCUGCGGUCAGCUGAGCGGCGCUGGGCGGGGUCGUGAGGCCGAACGUCAGCCCCUGGCUCCCCGAACCCCCGCUGGUACCUAGGUCCGCGUCUGCAUCCGGGUCCGGAGCCCUCCCCCAGCGGGCACGAUGCCGAGGAAGCAGUGACCGGGAGAGAGGCCGAGGCGCUGGCGCCGGGACCUGUGUCCCACCACCAUGUCCCACCAACCACUCAGCUGCCUGACAGAAAAGGGGGACAGCCCUAACAACACCACUGGAAAUGGACCUCCUAAUCUGGCUCACCCAAGCCUGGACAUGUUCACCCCAGAGGAGCUGUUGCAGCAGAUGAAAGAGCUAUUGACUGAAAACCAUCAGCUAAAAGAAGCUAUGAAGCUGAAUAAUCAAGCUAUGAAAGGACGAUUUGAGGAGCUUUCAGCCUGGACAGAGAAACAGAAGGAAGAACGACUUUUUUUUGAGACACAAAGCAAAGAAGCCAAAGAGCGCCUAAUGACUUUGAAUCAUGAAAAUGAAAAAUUGAAAGAACAACUUGGGAGACUAAAAGGGAAAACCUCAUUUGAGGACCCCAAGGUCACCAAGACAGAAACAGAGCAGGAGAUGGAACAGCUGAAGACCCAGGUGGCACGCUUGCAAGCAGAAAAAGCAGAUCUGCUGGGCAUUGUAUCUGAAUUACAACUCAAACUGAACUCAAGUGGUCCCUCUGAAGACUCCUUUGUUGAAAUUAGGAUGGCUGAAGGAGAAGCUGAUGUGGCAAUGACAGAAAUCAAAACUAGUCCUGGAUCCACAAGAACUGAGUCCAAUGACACGAGCACUGUUGCAAAAGAUAACAGGAAUUACGUGGAAUUUGAAGAAUUAACUGUGAGCCAGCUCCUGCUUUGUCUGAGAGAAGGAAAUGAGAAGGUGGAGAGACUUGAAACUGCACUCAAGGAAGCCAAAGAAAGAGUUUCAUAUUUUGAAAAAAAGGGUAAUGAUCGUUCUGAGAUUGAAACCCAGACUGAAGGAAGCACAGAAAAAGAGAAAGAAGAGGAGAAAGACAUAGAAAGUGUUGGAAGUGAAGUAGAAAUGUUGAACCUUCAGGUGACAAACCUGCUUAAGGAGCUUCAGGAGGCUCACACAAAACUCAGUGAAGCUGAGCUAAUAAAGAAGAGACUUCAAGAAAAAUGUCAGACCCUUGAAAGGAAAAAUUCUGCAACUCCAUCAGAAUUGAAUGAAAAGCAAGAACUUGUCUAUAAUAAUAAAAAGUUAGAGCUACAAGUAGAAAGCAUGCGAUCAGAAAUCAAAAUGGAGCAAGCUAAAACAGAAGAUGAAAAGUCUAAAUUGGCCACUCUACAACUGACACACAACAACCUUCUCCAGGAAUACAAUAAUUCAUUGAAAACAAUUGAGGAACUAAAAAGGAAAGAGUCAGAAAAAGUGGAUAAGGUGGUGCUGCAGGAAUUAAAUGAAAAGCUGGAAUUGGCAGAGAAGGCCCUGGCUUCCAAGCAGCUGCAAAUGGAUGAGAUGAAACAGAUCAUCGCAAAACAGGAGGAAGACCUGGAGACCAUGGCAGUCCUGAGGGCACAGAUGGAGGUUUACUGUUCUGAUUUUCAUGCUGAAAGAGCUGCAAGAGAGAAGAUUCAUGAAGAAAAAGAGCAAUUGGCAUUGCAGCUGGCAAUUUUGUUGAAAGAAAACAAUGCUUUUGAAGAUGGAGGCAGUAGGCAGUCCUUGAUGGAAAUGCAGAGCCGCCAUGGAGCAAGAACCAGUGACUCCGACCAGCAAGCUUAUCUUGUUCAAAGAGGAGCUGAGGAUAGAAACUGGCUGCAGCAGCAACAACGGAAUAUUCCAAUUCAUUCUUGCCCUAAAUGUGGCGAAGUUCUGCCUGACAUAGACACAUUACAGAUUCAUGUUAUGGACUGCAUCAUUUAAAUGUUGACUAUUCACCUGCGCCAAACUGUUGGUAAACAUCAGAUUUUUUCCUCCAAGAGGUGUACCUUUGUGUUAUUUGUUUUUACUUUAAAUAUAUUGAUUCAUUAUGUUUUCAAAAACAAGAAAAUGGGUAUGUCCUAAAGUAGGACAUGUUUUGAGGGUUUCCACCAACUUCUAAAAUAGGAUCCUUAACAACUCACUCUUCUUUUAGUAAUUUUUCCAUGUUUGGUUCAUGUAAGCACUGAACCAAACCAUGCAGUAAAUAAUCAUGAGACAGAAUAAAUGAAAUCAGAUGAAGAAGCCCCACUGAUAAUUUUAAGAACUUUUUAAGGAUGCAGAAAAAAGUCACAAAGUCACCACAGAUUAAUCAAGUAAAUCUCUUUGAAGUAUUUUUUAAAAUAAAUUUUAGUGUUAUGUUCCUUCAUCCAUUAGGAAAAAAUCUACUGGGGUUGUGUAUCUAUAUGUAUGUUGUGUAUGUAUGUUGUAGUUUAGUAAUUAACCAGAGUUGUGAUGCGGCUUUUUUCACAUGAGCACUGUGAAUUUCACUUAAUUAUCUGGACAAGUGAGGAAAUACUGGCAUACAUGACUCAGAUGUACUGAGUUCACUGGCUUUCAUAUAACCAUUCACAGUGUAGAGAAAAUUAUUGUUGUUCUUUCAUUGUGCUGCAGGUUUAUGGAGCUGUACAGUAAAUAGGUUAUGAAUUUCUAAAAAGAACAGCUGUUAGUUUUCUUCCUGGAUCAGGCUAUAUAUAUAUUCAUAAUCACAAAAAUAAUUAUUGCAAAAUAAAAUUUUGCUUAUGAACUUUCACAUUGUU